AUAUUUCCGUAGUGGCCGCCUCUCAUCCGGUACACGCGGUCGAGGUCCGUCGUGCUUGUAAGAAACGUCGUGAAAAACCUUAAAUCGUAGAUUUUUCAAAUAAAUCCACAGGACUCCGCGAUAGCGUGUAUGGUGUGAAAUUAACUGUACUCGUGCGAAAAAAUGGCGCGAUACGGGCAAAGACCUGAGAAUGCUCUAAAACGAGCAAACGAAUUCAUAGAAGUAGGAAAACCAGCUCGUGCAUUAGAUACCUUACAGGAAGUCUUCCGGAACAAAAAAUGGACGUACAAUUGGUCAGAGUCGGUGUUGGAACCGAUCAUGUUCAAAUACUUGGACCUUUGCGUGGAACUGAAGAAGUCCCACAUAGCGAAGGAAGGCCUAUUUCAGUACCGAAAUAUGUUUCAAUCAGUAAACGUAGGAAGCUUGGAGAAUGUGAUACGCGGAUACUUGCGUAUGGCGGAGGAGAAAACGAAUCAGGCACGGAAGCAAAGCCAACAAGCGGUGAUAGAUAUAGAUGAUCUUGAUAAUCUGGCCACGCCCGAAAGUAUUUUAUUAUCCGCGGUCAGUGGCGAAGAUGCCCAGGAUCGUAGCGAUCGCACGAUCCUGACGCCUUGGGUGAAAUUUCUCUGGGAAUCAUACUGUCAGUGCCUGGAAUUAUUGAGAACGAACGCUCACGUCGAGACGUUAUACCACGAUAUCGCUCGCAUGGCCUUUCAAUUUUGUCUCGAGUAUAAUCGUAAGACUGAAUUCCGUAAGCUAUGCGAAAAGCUGCGCAAACAUUUGGAGGAGAUUUGUAAAUUGCCGGCACUUGUCUCGAACGUUUCGAUGAACAGAGCCGAGACGCAGCAGCUGAACUUGGAAACGCGGCUGAAUCAGCUCGAUUCCGCGAUACAAAUGGAACUGUGGCAAGAAGCGUUCAAAUCCUCCGAAGACGUGCACGGUAUGAUGAAUUUAUCUAAGAAGCUUCCGGUACCAAAAACCAUGGCCAAUUAUUAUCAGAAAUUGGCCAUGGUUUUCUGGAAGGCGGGCAACUACCUUUUCCAUGCUGCCGCGUUGUUUAAAUUGCUGCAGCUCUCCCGUGAAAUGAAAAAGAACAUGUCUUUGGAGGAACAGCAAAGAAUGGCCAAUCGCGUGUUAUUGGCCACCCUGUCUAUCCCACUGCCAUCGGCUCACCCCGAAUUCGAUCGUUUUAUCGAAACGGACAAGAGUCCGUUGGAGAAAGCGCAAAAACUCGCGACCCUGUUAGGACUGACGCAGCCGCCCACGAGAGUAUCGCUGCUCAAAGAUAUCGUCCGCCUGAACAUAGUAAAUCUAGCGUCCCCGCAAUUGCAAGAAUUGUACUCAUGGUUGGAAGUCGAGUUUCAUCCUCUGGAACUCUGCAGCCGUGUAGACUCCGUGAUUCAAACACUGCAGGCGGACGAGAAUAGUCCGUUGAUUCAAUAUAUUCCAGCCUUGCAAGACGUCACCCUCGUACGCUUAGUUCAUCAAAUAUCUCAGGUUUAUCAGACUAUACAGUUCGCCCGACUUUUGGAGCUCGCCAAAUUUACGACCGACUUCCACCUGGAGCGUCUGUUGGUGGACUGCGUGAGAUACAACGACAUGCAGAUAAGAAUCAACCAUGGAAAGAAGUGCGUGCAUUUCGGAGUCGAUUUGUCGGAAGCGCAAAGGGAAGAUCAUCCGGACGGUCCCGUUUUGCAAGCGAUGCCCUCCGAACAGAUACGUUGCCAACUUGUGAACAUGGCCACCGUCCUACACCGAGCGAUUAACGUGAUCAAUCCUAACAAGAAGAAGGUGGAACGUGAGAAAUUGCGAUGCGCCAUGGUGGCUCAUUACCACGAGACCAAGAUGAAGGAACACCAGAGGAUCUUGGGCAGACACAAAAUUAUAGAGGAGAGAAAGGAAUAUAUCGAACAUAUUAACACGGUUCGCGAGGAGGAAGAAAUGCGAAGACAGGAGGAACUGCAGAGACAGCAGAUGUUGGCUGAGCAGAAGAGGCUCGAGCAAGAGAGGGAGGAGCGCGAGAGGAAACGGCAGCAGAGUGAGAUUCAACAGAUCAAGGAUCGUCAUUUGAAGGAAAAGAUGCAGCAAAUAUCGCAAACUAGUCACGGUCAGAAGGUGUUGAAAAAGUUAGACGAGGAUGAGAUUAAGAAGCUAGACGCGGAACAGAUCGCAGCUCGGGAGGCGGAAGAAUUACAGAAAGAGCGCAGGGAGAUGCAACAGAAGUUGAAGUCGCAGGAAAAGAGGAUUGACUACUUGGAACGCGCGAAACGUUUGGAAGAGAUACCGCUGUUGGAAAAGGCUGUAGAGGAAAAGAUGGAAUUGGCCAGACAACAGUGGGAGCAACAGGAGGCCGAACGGAUCGCCGCGGCCAUCGAAGAAAGGCAGCAGGCUGUCGCUACUCGUGAACGCAUGGCGAGAAUGAAGGAGGAUCACGACAAUUUCAUGGCGAAGAUUCUGGCAGAACGUAAGAGUAUUUACUUGGAGAAGUUAAAGGAGUUCGAGAAGAUGUUGAAUGAGGAACGGGCCGCAAGGCUAUUGAAACGGAAAAUGGAACGAAAAGCGGAACGCAAGGCCAAAUGGGAGAAGGAACGAGCCGAGGCCAUCGAGAGAAGACGUCUCGAGGAACUACGUAUCAAACAAGAGGAAGAGAAACGACGUAUGGAAGAGGAGAGAACCAAGCGAGAAGAGGAGGAGAAACAGAGACGUGCCGAGGAAGAGGCCAAGGAAGCCGAACGCUUGGCCAAGAUCGAAAAGCAGGCAGAGAUCACAAGAGCCAGAGAAGCCGAGAUAGAGAGAAAGCUGGAGGAGGAGAGACAGAAGGAAAGAGAGUUGACGGACACGUGGCGACGUGGCGGAGAGCGCACCCAUCGCGUACAAGACAAACCAGUGGAAAUGUCUUGGCGCCGUCCUCUCGACGCGAAAGACGACGGUGUCAAGGAAGAAUCUACUCGCUGGAAGAGACGCGACGCGACGAGAGAAGCGGACAAAUGGCGAAAGGAUGAUAAGGAUGAUAGACCGAAGAAAGAUACCGUUGAUAGAUGGCGAACGACGAAAGACGACUACGAUAAGGAUGACACAAGGGACAGAGACAGAGAAAGGGAUAGGGGCGAGAGGGACAGAGAUCGGGAUCGAAUAGAUAAAGAUCGCGGUAUAGAUGGACGCCCGAUACGCGAUAUUCCGCGUGACCCGAUAUCUGAUGGACCUCGUACUCGCGGUAGAAUGCCUGAUCGUCGCGGCGGACACGAACGUCGUGACGAUCGAGAUGAUCGACGUCGAGAUGAUCGACGUGAUGAUCGUCGAGAUGACCGUCGCGAUGAUCGCCGUGAUGGUCGACGCGAGGAUACGACGCGAAAUUUCGGCAGUCAAAAUUGGCGCGACAAGAACGACGCGAUACAAAAUUCGUCUCGGGAAAUGUCGAGACGGCUCGAGAAGCGAGACGACGUUAAGGAGGAGAGACUUCCACCGAAACAAGAGGAGAGACGGCGAGCUACGGAGGACGAUGGCUGGUCCCACGUGAGCCGGCGUUAACGAUUGGACCUCGACAACUACCCAUAGAAGCAUCAAGUUAAUCAUAAUUCGAGAACAGUGCAUAAUACGCAGUUAGACAAUUUGCCUGACAACCACAGAUGGGCCCAACUUAUACUGUUUUGUGCACCACUUGAUUUCUCUCCAAACCGUGCUCUCGUAAUAAUAACUGUAAACAGGAAACAAAAGCACAAAGAUCGAUCGAUGGGUCAUAUAGCUAAUUCACGCGUGCAUCGCGAGAAACUAUUAAUGAAACUUGAUACUAUUAACAAACGAGAAUAAGAUUUUUGUUUUUAUGAUUUUUGUAAGCCGUGCGAAAUGAAUUUUCUAAAUCUCGACCGCGCUGCGUUAUAUGUAUCUGUAAAAAAUAAACAAAACAGAAUACGAAAAGCUCACAGUAUACAUACGACGCAAGAACCUAUGUACAGAGCAUGAAGGGUUUCGAAUCAUUCGAGUCGAUUUGGCUAGACUGAUCCUAAUUACCGGACGUUCGAAGUCUCAAAGGGUUGAAUAAAAUUUUCUCGUAUCCCAGUAAUUACGCUAAGUUUUUUUUAUAAAACCGACGUAGAUUAUUUUCCUGGGAAAGAUACGAUCAUGUGAAUUCAAAGGAUCUAUCGACCUUCCGCACAGAUCCGAAACAACGAUUUUUUUAAAGCUUGUACGAUAAUGCGUAAGAAUUUUGAGAUGAACGUAAGAAUAAACCUCUGAACCAUUGGUAUAAAUGCAGAUCUACGCAUCUCAUCCGUAUUGUCUUUUUAAUUGUUUUAUUACAUUUAUGAUAUAGUUAAUAAUUAAGAUACUACAUAAUAAAUAAAUCACUACAGA